UUCUUUUUGUUUUCUCCAUGUCAGAAGCCAAAGUAUUUACUUCAGUACAAAAUGUGCGAAGUACAACUGCGAAUCAAACCAAAAAAACCGUAUUCAAACAUGUCCUUGCUUCUCCUUUUAUCCUCAAGUGGCCAACCAUUCACACAGACUUGGGACAAACUAUCUUGAGUCAACUACUCAAAACACUUGAACCUAUCGGUGCGUAUCGAAACCAAUGCCGUCAAAUCAAGAAAGAAAAGAAACCAGACCAAAUCAUUGCACCUGAAUUAAAUCAACGGCUCUAUGUCGGCAUCAAUCAAGUGACUCGCUAUAUGGAAAAAUACAUUCAAGAUAACCCAGUUGAGUCUGACAAGACACCGGUCAUUUAUAUCUGCAAACGAGAAAUUAAGCCAUUGCAAUUGUGUCAGCAUGUGUUGUAUAUGGCAGCUGUGGCAAAGAUCAAAUUAGUGCCUAUGCCUGCUCAAGCAGAAGCGCGUAUAGGAAAAGCAUUGGGUAUGCAUCGAGCCAGUGUUGUCUUGAUAGAGAUUAUGGAAAAUAAAGAAGAAUCACUCCGACUCAGUGCAAAAGAAAUACCUCUGGUGGAUGCUCCUUGGUUAGAGAACGCAUUAAACAGACCUGUCAAUUAUAUAGGAGAUACAACCAAGACACUCAAGACAACAGCACCUGACAAAAAGCAACAACAACAGUUGAAACGUAAAGCAGAUACAGAGAAUGGUAGUACGAAUCAAUUGAAAAAGGUCAAGCAGAAUUAAAAUACCGUUGUAAAUAAAUCUUUUUUUUUUUCUUUUUUUUUGUUUUUU